AUGGCAAAACUUCGUCUAGCAGCAAAGGCGCGUAUCAUCCGAUGGGUUAAGCCCAAAACCAAACGGUUUGACCGUGCUGCCCCACAGUUCUUGGUUGAAGAGUGGUCGAAAGGGAACAAGGGUGCAAUUGCAGAUCUUUACUCCCGAGCCAACUUUGAUCAGGAUGUGUUCCUGAACCAGUUGAAAAUUCUGGUGAGCAAGAAGCAGCUGGUGGAAUUGACGGUGGACGAAGGUUGGUACUCCGAAGCGGAGCUCAAGGAUGAUUUGGGUUGGAACAAGAUCGACGGAGCCAAAGCACGAUGCAUGUCCUUGGGUGACACGCACUACAGGAACAACCAAUACGACGGUGCCGAAGAGUUUUGGGUAGUGACCCGGGAAACAGGAAAGCGUCAGGAGUCACAUUCGUUUGAAGAAACGCAUGAGAAGAAUGUCAAGGCUAAGACUGAUCCGACUUUCGAGUUGGGAGAGAAGUUCAAAGGUAUCGACACUAUGAGCUCUCGUGCGGGGAAGGAGAAGUUGGUUCAGGUUACUCCCAGUACCAAAGAACGAUUCUCGAAGUUUAAGACAUCGCUGAUGACAAAGAGUGGAAAGUUGAGAUCUCUGAUCAGGGAGCUCACCACCAAGUAUCCAGAAGAUGAUGGUGCCAAGAAGUGUGUCGCCGACCUCAAGAAGGAGGUGCAGACCCUCGAUGCGCACUUCGAUUCAUGCCAGGAUGUUUGGGCAAAGGGUGAGUGCGAUGGAUUCUUCACUGAUGUGUGUUCAAAGGCUGCAGCUGCGGAGUUGAAGACGAGGAGCCGCAAGAAGUUCUUCGAGAAAGCAGAAGCACCUGCUGACGUCCCGGGCUCUAGGAAGCCAGGUGGUGGUAAGAACAAGAGAAAGCAUAGGGAUGAGGCUGGUGAUGUUGGAGCUGAGCCGGCAAGCAGCCAGGGCAAGAAACCGGAAAAGCCCAAGAAAUCCAAAAAGGCCCCAUGCGUCUCCAUGGUUGAGACGGCCCGGGACAUUGUUUCAGAUUUAGGCACAGAGGUUGCUGGGCGAUCUGGUGGACUAGUGCAGGUUGCAAAAUGCAGCCUUUCCAAUUCCGAAAGAGAUUGCCGCAGAGUCUUAGUGGGCAAGCACGCCCUGUCCUUGCCAGUGAAAACAUCGCAGCUCAAAGACUUUGAUCACAUACCAAUUCUUAGAAUUCGAGAUUGGUUUGAUUUUUUCUUGACGCAUUCUUGCUUGCACCUUUUGUGUGGCCUGCAGCAGCCACAUCCCAAGCGGGAGGCUGACAUAUUGACUUGCUUCUGGGAAAACUUUAGGGCAUUACGGCCCAGACAUGAAAUUUUUCAGCGGGCGUCAGAAGGACGGUUGGUCCUGUCUCAGACCUUUCCACUUUUGGUGCACGGUGACGAAGGUCGUGGAAGAAAACAUGCUGCGCAUUUCGUGAUGUCUUUCCAUCCUGUCUUGGGAAUGGGUUUCAAGAAAAAAGAGAAAAGUACAUCGUGGGCAAAGAUGGAGUGCAACUUUUCAGGCCACACCUACACCAAUCGAUUCUUGAUUGCUACCAUGAGAAAACGUGACUACUCUGACCAAAAUGUUGAAACUUGGAACGCGCUCAUGGAGGAGGUUGCUGCAGAAGCUGCUUUCAUGGCUGACGAUGGGGUGGUGGCUUCAAAUGGUCUACGCUUUUGGGGGGUUGUGCUGGGCAUUGUGGGCGAUUGGCCCUUCCUACACAAGUCUGGUGGGUUUUGCCGAAGCUUCAACAACAUCCAGAAGAGGAAGACUCAAAAAAAUCUCCCAGUUGGAAUCUGUCAUUUAUGUCAGGGGGGCCAGCGACCAUACCCGUUUGAACAACUGGAAACGAGACGGCCUUUGUGGAGAUCUACAAUGUUUGCGGAAGAUCCGUUUGUCUUGCCCAACCCUUUGGCCAUGAGCCUUUUGCAUGAGCCUGGCAAAGAAGCAUCCCUUUGGUGCUUUGACUGGUUCCAUACUAUGCACCUUGGAGUUCUGAGAAAUUUCAUCGGUUCAGUACUUGCCCUGUUGUCGGACGAAGAACCACAAUCAAAUGUGGACUUGAGAUUCGCAGCCUUAAGUGCUAGGUACAGAAGGUGGUGUCACAGCAACUCCAGGAGGGCCCACAUUACCAAGCUCACAAAAGAGUCGAUUGGAUGGGAAAAAACAACGACUUUUCCAUCAGCGAUAUGGCACAAGGGUGCUCUGUCAACAGUGGUCAUGGACUUUUUGGAAGCUCGUUUUGCUGAGGAUACUUUUGCACACCAACCACUUCUACAAAUGGCGUCUGAGGCGUGCAAUGCCAUUCAGCGUUGCGCUAGAAUUCUCUAUCGCUCGGAAGUUUGGCUUUCUCCUUCAGUGUGCAAACUCGUUUCAGAGCUGGG